AUGCAAAUUCCACCACCUGUAUCAGUUAUGGAAUAUUCUGCAAUACACGACACAUGGUCUUACAUGGACGAUUCGCAUACUACUGUAUUUAGUGACUAUUAUAGCGAGAGAUUGGUUGGAAGUCUUGUUGAUGAAGCAUCGUCUGCAACAACACUGGACUGCCCCAGCAUCGUUUAUGAGGAUCCAACCUACAUCAAUAUCCAUCUAGAAGUAGGUCGUCCCAGUAUUUUUCAUUUCGGAGAUCGCUACAAAGGUCUAUUCAUGUUUCUUCGAGAAACCAAUACUAAGAAAAAAGUUAUUUCUUCUCUUCAAGAUGACAUAGAAACGUUACUAAAUUUGAAGAGCAAUUGCAAGCUAAGUAGCGAGAACGAAGCAACAUUUGCUACGGACAUCAUUAUUUUUGCAACAAUGAUCGACAACCAUUUGCGACGAGUUCAGCGACACUCAACGGCUGAAUUCGAUGUCCUCGUGAAGAAACUGACAAAGCUGGAGAUGAAAUGGAGACUAAACACUGCUUCCACGCUAAGCUUUUCUCCAUUGAGAAACCUCUUCAGGUUUAUCUCAGCUAGUAUUUUUGGUAAAUUAUCUAGAUGA